AUGGGCGCAAAAGUUGCAUGGAGGGGUCAAGAUUUCAAGAAACUCGAGCCAGGGUGCGAAACGACAUAUAUUGAAGCCUCCAAGGUGGUCAUGGGCGCUGUCACUGGGUCGAUAGUUAUUCCAAAUAGUGUCCUUUUGAACUGGCCAUUUUGGUUCCCAGGGCAUCAAAAGUUGAAGCAGCUAGGCAUUAAAAAGCGCGAGUCCUCGAUGCAUACUAAGCACUUACUCCAUCAAGAGCGUCAAUAUACUUUCAAACACAAGACAACCCAAAGCAAUAGCAUGAGCCAACUGCUUCAAGCACACCUUAGCGAGGAGGAAUUGAACGGCAACCUCUUUCUAAUUACAGCAGCCGGCUUCGAAACAACAGCAAACACCAUCUCGUACGCGAUAAUGCUGCUUGUCAGGAAUCCCAGAUGGCAGGAGUAG